AUCCUGUUGUCAAUUAAUCAUUUGACAUUUCAAAAAUCAAUAAUAAACAUAAGAUCAUUUCAAUUUAACUAAACUAGCAGAACGAUAAUUAUCUAAUUUAAUUAUUCACAAUGGCAGAGCUGCAAAAUCCUUUACCCCCUGGAUGGGACAGUAAAAGAGAUCCUAUAUCUGGAAAAUACUAUUACAUCAACCAUUAUACCAAAACAACUACAUGGGAGGAUCCUAGAAUAAGACAUAGGCACUUACAUACAACUACAAAACAAGCAUAUGCUGCAGCUGAGUAUAUACAACUACAGCACGGAACCCCAGAGUCACGAAGAAAUUAUGUGUAUCCUCGCCAGACCUCCCCUAUACCAGCAUUUCAAAUGCCAACACAUAUGAAUCCCAAGAGUGUUCCCCUGCAGGACAUGAAACCUAAAGCUAGCCCUUUGACGGUAAGGUCCGCCAAGGUCCAAGACAGUACCUUUAUGCCCGCAGAUCCAGAUGAAGUACUCGUCGGCAAAAUAUCUGGCAUGUUUCCCACUGUGUCAGAAACUCAUAUCAAAAUGUUGAUCAAAAAGUAUCACAGUCGCGAGGCCCUCGUAAUAAGCGCCUUGCAGGUUGAAAAGAAUCCCAUUACAACACCGGGGCCAUUUGCGACUCCGCCUGCCCAACGCAACAUCAUCGCGACCCCUCCACUGGGGUUCCGCGUUAAUUCAAGAGGGGGCAGCCCCAUAUGUCGAGCCGGGACCGGGCCGGGGGGCUCCCCUGCGGGUGCGGGCUUUCGUAGUUCGCCUAGGCCGCAUUCAUCGCCCAAAUUAAAAUUAAGGUAUAUGAAAUCGAUUUUUCCUCGUGCGGACGAGAUGAUCAUUCUGGACGUGCUGCAAGGCAACGAAAACAAUAUUCAAAAAACUUCAGAAGUCCUCAAAGACAUGGGUUUCGAGCGAAAAGAUACUGUAAAGGUUGCACAGCAGAAAUUGGACGCCAAAAGGGAACAAGAGAGGAGGGAAGAGGAACAAGAAGUUACGGUGGCCGUUGUCCAACCACGUGUAAAGACAAGCGAAGAAAAGCAACGAGUAAAAGUAUCGUUACAAGAAAAGUACAAGGAUGUUGCUGAACACCUAAUAUGCAUAGCUCUAGAGAGUGUAAAUUUCGACGAAGAAAGAGCCAAUCAAAUUUUACAAAUUAUGAUUCAGGAAGAUAGCAAAUCCUCCAAUGCUGAUAAGAAAGGCGAAGAUACAGUAGAUCUUCUUAGUCAACCUUCCACUUCCAGUGCUACUCUUAAUAUUCCAGUCUCACAAAGCAGGCAAUCUUUGAAGUCAUUACUGAAAAGCGAGAAAGAGCUGGAUAAGAGCAGCUAUUCCCGAGUUGUAGAAGAAGAUGAAGCCACAUAUAAGUCUACCAACUUGUGUAACACCAGAGGCCCCAACCCUGAAUAUGUAAAAGGAGCAAACGAGCAACUAUUGUUGGAAGAUUACGUUAAGUGGCAAGGUCCAAAUUCCACAUAUAAUAAAGGAUCGCAGAAACUAGCCCAAGGACCAAAUUCGUCCUUAUUGACAGAAAGAAGUUACAAGGCUUGCGGACCCAAUCGAAACCUUAUAAAAGGCCCUCAGUGCGGACUAGCCAAAGGAAGUAUAUUUUCGCAAUUUCAAACUGCAGUCGUCGUUGGAGAAUCCCGCGGCGAAUAGCAUUACAGAUGUUGCAUUUUGUAAAUCUUUAAUCAUUUCAGGAUUUUACUAGUCACUUUAUUUUUGUGUUCACUUAACCCUUAGGGGCCAAGUAAUCUUAGUCCCUCAGAUUAAAUGCAAAAUACAUUUUUUAAUUAAUUAAGGUCUCAAUAAUAAUAUAAUAAUACAAGCAUUUUAAUUUUGAAACUGAUCGAAAAUAUUUGAAUAAACAUUUUUUUGUUAGACGAACAAUAUAUUUAUAUUUUUAAAUUAACCAAAGAUAGAUCGAAUAUUUUUUAAUGUUUUCGACAUAUUUUGAAUAUUUUCAAUGUUGUCACUAAAGGUUGUCAAAGGAAAACAAUGGAUAUUGACAGGUGUUAUUAAAUCUACGUUUAUAAAUUAAUGUCUAGAACAAAACUUAAUAAGUGUAAUUAACCUACUAAAUGUUAUUUGUUGUUAAUGUUACAUAAGACGCACGAAGCAUGAUAAAUCAAAUAUCCAUAAUUUUCCGUCCCUCCCAUAUUCGUGUUAAUAUUAUAUUGUAUACAACAAUUAUUUAAAAGACAAUCUUUAAUUUUUUGUUAUAAGCUAUGUAUGGCACAAUAAAAGCUAAAAAUAUUUUUAAGUGUAUCGUAAAAUAAUAGUAGAUAUAAUAUGGAAUCCACUACAGUUUUGGGAACAACAUACAUAAAGUUUGUUUAGCAGUAAGUGGCUGACUUCAAUUAGUGCGGUCGUAAAUAUUAUUAAAUUUAUCUGACUUGGCCCAUUGUUAAGUAGGACCGGUCCGGAGCGAUAAGCAAACGAGGUAGACAGAGUUGGUCUUUUGACAAUUAACACUGACUAGACGGUACUCCUAUAAUAAAACAAAGGAUCCACAGAAUUUACAAUAAUUACAACGACAAAAACAAAAAAUCGGAUGUAAAAUAUAUUGCUUUGCCUUAUAUACCUGAAAUUAAUGUUUUGAAAUGAGUUUUAAAAUAAAUUAGAUAUAUUUUAAUUGUUAAGAUUAUAGAAAAACAAACAUUCAAACAUAUUUAAGUUAUACCUAAAACCGGACCUUUUAUACUAUUAUCGGUUAACCCAGAAUGUUUACAGUCGGUACUAUUUGAAGUCAACCAUUUACUGCUAAAUAAACUUUACAAUUAUUUUAUUAUACAUUUAACCAUUUCUAGAAUAUACAGCAAAUGUCAUUUAUCUGUCUCCUUGUGAAACUCACUACUACUUCUGUACUAGAUUUUGACACUAUGCCUAGUUCCUAUUUAUCUAAUGAUCUAUUUAGAUAUAUCUUAAAAAUAAGGUGAAAUAAAGUAACAAGGCAAACAAAUCAGACAAAUGUACUGUUAACCUUAAUACGAUAUUGGCGGAUACAAUUAACAGAAGAAAAUAUGAUAAAGAACGCACAUAGUCAAUCCCUGCUCGUCUAUGGUUUGUUUUUAAACGAGGAGGAGUACACUAAAAAGACAGAUUCACACCCAAGAAAGUCACUAGAAAAAUCACCAAAUACAUCUUUUUUGGUUGAACAUAUUGGCCUUCUACGCUAAUCCAUUCAUAUUAUAUUAUACUAAUACGUCGCUAAACAGUUCUAAAAACAACUGUUUUUAUAUAAAAGUAUACAGAAAAUAAAACCAGAACAAAACAAAAUAUAUGCAGGUAAGUAAAACGCAGAAAUAAGGCAGCCACAAAAUAUAACAAGAGGAGAAUACAACAUUGAGGGGGUAAAAAACUUUACAUACUUGGGAUCCCUAGUCACGUCUGAUAAUAACGUAGCGGAGGAAGUGAAGAGGCGAAUAUUUAUUGCCAAUAAAAGUUACCAUGGCUUAAUUCGGCAACUAAGAUCAGAUAACGUCGCAAAUAAAAACAAAAUGCCAAAUAUACAAAACCUUAAUAAGACCGGUACUCACAUACGGCUCAGAAACCUGGACACUCACUAAAAGAUAGGAAACAUUGCUAGCCACCUUUGAAAGAAAAAUCUUGCGACACAUAUAGAAGGGCACAAAAGAAAACGGAAUUUGGCGAAGAAGGUACAACUUUGAACUAUACAAAAUAUACCAGGAUCCGGAUAUCAUAACAUUCAAUAGAACGGCUACGUUGGAUGGGACAUGUAGAAAGAAUAGAAGAAGGCGAAAUACCAAACAAAAUAUUCAAACAGAUAUAGUUUGGAAAAUAAUAAGCCAGUAGGAAAAAGAACAAGAGGAAGACCGAAGCUGAGAAAUUUAGAACAAAUAGAAAAUGAUAUAAUAGCCUUAAAAAUAAAAAACUGAAGAAAAAAAGCACGAAACAGAUCAGAAUGGAGAAGAAUCCUGGAACAGGUCAAGACCCAGAAAGGGUUGUCGAGCCAGUGAUGAUGAUGAUGAUACAGAAAAUAAAUAACGCAGAAAACACAAAAAAUCGUCGAUAUAACUUAAUUAACGUAUGAAAUGCCAAUAGUGUCAAAAUUUCAUAAAUGUCAUUAGUGUCAAAAUUUUAUAACAGUGGAGUAAGCUUGCCUGAGGUUGGACCAGUUACAAACAAGCAUUACGGCGCGGUAAAUUUGAAUUACUCCUCCUGGUUUAAAAACAGACCAUAGGUGCUCAUCAACAAAUAUUUGGCAGACACAAAAUAGUGGACUGUAGAGAAGGUAUUGUCAAAUUUAGGACAAAGAACGAUAGCAAACUUAUCUUAAAAUGUAUUAUUCUUAAUGAAGCGGCAGUAUGUUACAUAUUUUCUUAAUGACCAAUGUUACAAAAAUAUUUUGUUGUUAAUUAUCUAAUCGUUAGUUAAUAUAUAAAAGAUGGAAAACAAUACCUUGCGAGGUAAAAAUGGAUGAACCUAGUAGAGGUGUAAAAUUAUCGAUAGGAACCUAUGAAUUUACAGAUCAUUACAUAGUUUCCCACCUUUAGACGUCUCAGCAUUUUCUAAAAUUCUCCUGUCACCGUGACAGCUGCCAUACUCCUCCGAUCAUAGAGGUAAAAGUAUAUUAACAUAGAGUGAGCGUACCCUCCGCGCUUCCUGACGACAAGAUCUCAAGGACAGGUUUGCAGUAUUUCUUUCUAGCACAUUAGGUUUGUUCCAAGACGACACAUUUGUACAAUCCCUUGAACCGUCAUGAAAUCGAUUGGACUGUUUUAAUGCGCAGAAUCGCCCUUAAACGGUUUUCUUUCGAUCGCGAACCGAUUACCGGUACGUAACCCUCUUGGAACGUAUUUGUGUACCAUUUCAAUUUCGAGUUGCGCCUGAGCCAUUUUCAGUACGAGUACCACUAUGGUCUGUUUUUAAACCAAGAGGAGUAAUUCAAAUUUACCGCGCUGUAAUGCUUGUUUGUAAUUGGUUCAACCUCAGGCAAGUUUACUCCACUCUUAUGAAAUUUUGACACUAGUGACAUUUAUACAAUUUUGACACUUUUGGCAUUUCAUAGGUUAAUUAAGUUAUAUUGGUGAUUUUUUGUGUUUUCUGUAUUAUUUCUUUAAUUUUUAGAUUUUUAGUCGGCCUUUAUAUAAAAAAUAGUUGUUUUUAGAACUCUUUUGCGACGUAUUAAUAUAAUAUAAUAUUUAUGGAUUACCGUCGAAGGCUGACAUGGUCAACCAAAAAAGAAGAUGUAUUUGGUGACUUUUCUAGUGACUUUCUUGGGAGUGAAGCUGUCUUUUUAGUUUACUCCUCUUGGUUUAAAAACAAACCAUAGUAGUUUGCUAGAUUGUUAUGCCUGCGUUCACCAGAUGCAAACACGUCCACAACUGUUUGCGCUUUGAUUCUUAAACUUGUUGACAGCGAGCUGAACGGUUGAUUGUUUAGGUUAAAAUUUGACAUUUUGCUUGUUUGGUUUGAACGUAACCUAAAAUAAAUUUUCUCAAUAAAUAAGUUUUUGAAAUUAUUUUUUUAUUAAAAGAAAAAAGAAAAUGGAUUUAAUAGGUAAUAACGUAGCUGAAUGUCUUCAGUACCCGUUAUAUUAUACAUAAAAUCAUUAUAAAAUAUUCUAUAAUAUAUACAAUUUAAAUUCCCGCCAUAUUUUUUCAAUAGUCAACAUGUUUAAAAAGUUUAGCAUAAAUAUUUUAUGCUUGCAAAAAUAGCGAUCGCUUUCCAAACAUCUUUGCUGUCAAACGCAAAUUGAUUGCCAACGUUUGCGUCUGGUGAACGCGACCAUGUCAUUUCUAACAUGUGCAUUAAACAUCACUUCAACUUCAAAAUCUUCCUCAGAAUCGAUACCUGACAAAUCGCUAUCUUUUAUGAAAAAAAAUAAUAAUAAAUUAUCCAUAUUUUUAAGAUUAAUUUGAAAAAAAAAAGAACUAAUAAUUAUUUAAACGAAAAUCAUGAUCACAGGUACUAAUAGCGUGGAUUUUGGAUUAUUUAGAUUGAAUCAUCAGCUGAUCUCAUAGCAGUGACCAGUAAAAAUGAAAACAAUUCUAACUGCGCAAGUCAGUACAAAUAGUUUCUGCUUGAAGGCAUGUAUCGAAAGGACCGUUCAGUUACCGAUUUCGAAACGGUACAUGGAUCGCUUGGAACAACAUAGUGUACGAUACGAAUCAUCGUUCAUGUUCGCUUGGAACGCAUUUUUUAUAAUGCGCAUGACGAGGACAGUACGAAGGACGGUUUUCAUGUCAUUUGGAACGCGCCUAUUGUAUCGAGAAACUAAGAUGACAUUAAGUGGGAGUACAGGCACGGAAGGGGAGAACUACUGUUGCAGCUUUACUAUGCUUAAGAGUGAAACAGCACUGAACCAAAACACAAAAGAUGGUGUCGUCACUUCGCUGAACAGGACACUCUAUGAUAAUAUAUGUCUAUGCCUCUGAUACGUCUAGUGCUCGGGCCACAGUAACGUCUAAUGUCGUUAAUUAACGCAUUACUUGCCAUCUCUGUAAUGCAAAUAAUGCUUUAAUUAACGGCAUUAGACGUUACUGUGGCCCCAGCAUAAAGGUGGGAAACUAUGUAAUGUAAACUAAAUUUAUAGGUUCGUAUCGAUAAUUUUACAUCUCUACAGUUUCAUCUCUUUUUAUUUAAUAACGUAUUAUGUUUUCCAUCUUUUGCUUGAUUUUGCCGGUUAUUAGCGCGCCCAUCACUGUAUAGUGGUAAAAACCUUCAAAUAUAAUAAUAUGAUUUGAAAAAUGUGCUCUGCUAUAUAAAUUUUACGGAAAUUUAUAAUCCAUGUUUUGUUUAUAGAUAUGAUGAAGCUAUCCACGUUGAUAUUGUGCCAUAUCAUUAACGUUAUUACUCUUUAAUAUUGCUUUUUCUAGCUUGUAAAACAAAUGUGCAAUGUAGUGUUCAUAUUUAGUUAAUAUUUGUUCUGUUGGCGUUAUUAGUUGUAGUGUUAUUAGCAGAUUAAUCAAAGAUUAACAAUAUUUUUUAUCGAUAUUGUAUGUUUAUGUCAUUGUCAGAUAAAUUUUGUAAUGCUAGUAAUUUGCUAUUUUGAUUCUAAAUUUAACAUUAAGAUGUAUGAAGGCCUAGAAGUAUGGAUCGAAAUGAUAAAACUUGAUAUGUAAUCGCAUGGGUAAGUUGGACAAGACAAAUUCGACAUACUUUAUUUAUUUACUUCAUAUUGAAAUAAUAUACUAUGUUUUUUAUACUUUUGUCAAAUUGAUCCCAAGUUCUUUCUGACUUUCUGGGUCCAAGGGGAACUUAGGAUCUGUUUUUCAAAAGUUAUCACACAGAAAAGCAGAUAACAACACAAUUUCAAUAAGAACUUGGUUCAGGUUCUUGAUAAUCUUGAAAUAUCUAAAAAAAAUAAUAAUAUGAAAAUAAUUAUUUGUCUCCGCUCUCCAUAUGGGAUUAAGAUACGGUGAUUUUAUGAUUCAGUUGUUUCGAUAUUUCGUCUUUUAAUUUGUCCAACCAUAAAUGCUUUCAUAGAAUUAGUCCCUCGUUUGGUUAGCAUUCAUCUGAUACUUUUACCAAUCACUUUUUUCGUUCAUCUUUUGAUUUUGAUUCUUAAAAUUUGGCAGUUUAUGUGGCGAUAGAUUAUAUCAGCGUUUACACAACGUCGUCCUAAUCUGUAAACUGAGUAACUCCAUAAUUCUCUGAAAAUGAGAUAUUACUGCCAUCUGUUUUAAGCCCCUACUUAUCGUUUAAAAAAACGUGCAUAUUUUUACCAGAUGAGUAAUAGCAACCUCCGUGUUUCCCUUGCCGCUAAAUUUAAUACGAAAAAUACGUAACUCUCUAGUUUGUCAUACCACAUGACUGACCUGACACUGUUUAGAAAGUGAUAUUUUCAAUAAAAAGUUGGUGUUAAGUAAUAUUAAAUCCUUAUUAAACAAUAUACAAAUGUUAGUGAUAUGUGUAUCUAUAAAAUAUUUCCGUUUUACCAUCUUUUCUUUGAAAAUGGGAGAUACGUAGUAUUCGCAUUAGUCAUAUUUAGAGAGAUAGUUUUUGUGUCGCCUGUAAAAUUUGCAUAAAUGGAGUUACGCAGUUUACAGAUUAGGUCAACGAUACGUUUUUUUCUUCUGCUUUUUUUGCCUUUAUCUCAUAAAACAUUGACAACCAAUUGCAUGAUCUUCAUUUUAAUUACUGCUGCUCGGAAUAGUGAUCUGGUGAGCCAUCAAUUCCUUCUUGUACCUCGUCUACAUUUACCUUCAAUUUUGCCUUCGAUAAUCAACUUCAGCAAGAUAUAUUUGUCAUUUUUCACAACUUAUCCAAACUUGUUCUUUUCUUGAUUGUGUUAACAAUUUCAGUUCGUUUAUGCAAUUGGCUCAAUAAUUUCUUCUUUCUUCAAAGAUUUUACUAAACAUAAAUUUGAAAUAUAUACUGAACAGUAAGGGCGACAGUACACAACCCUGUUGUACUCUCCUUAAGAUAAGUAUCUCUUCUAAUGUAUUUCCAUAAA